CGCCACCGCUGCCGCCGCCGCAGCUGUAGGGGACCGGCGCCGGUGCGCAGGCGAAAGCGCUUUCCCUGCUGAAAGUUCCCCGGGAAAAGCUAGCAUCUCCCCAGCCCACCAUGGCGGAUGAAAUUGAUUUCACUACUGGAGAUGCUGGGGCUUCCAGCACUUACCCAAUGCAGUGCUCUGCCCUGCGCAAAAACGGCUUCGUGGUUCUCAAAGGACGACCAUGCAAAAUAGUGGAGAUGUCAACUUCCAAAACUGGAAAGCACGGUCAUGCCAAGGUUCACCUUGUUGGAAUUGAUAUUUUCACGGGCAAAAAAUAUGAAGAUAUUUGUCCCUCUACUCACAACAUGGAUGUUCCAAAUAUUAAGAGAAAUGAUUAUCAACUGAUAUGUAUUCAAGAUGGUUACUUAUCCCUGCUGACAGAAACCGGUGAAGUUCGUGAGGAUCUUAAGCUCCCAGAAGGUGAACUAGGUAAAGAAAUAGAAGGAAAAUACAAUGCAGGUGAAGAUGUACAGGUGUCUGUAAUGUGUGCAAUGAGCGAAGAAUAUGCUGUAGCCAUAAAGCCCUGCAAGUAAAUGGGAACAUCAGGCACAAGCAGAAUGUUAGGUCUGGAUCACCCACAGAUCUAAAGUUUGGGUCUAA